CUGAGACGGCAGCUGGAGUUGAAGGAGAGGAGUAAGCACUCCCUGCUGGGCUCCAUCGAGAACAAGGGCGGCGACCACAAGGCUAACCAUGCUGGCGACUGCUGCCAGGACGAGAAGUGCCCGGGCGCCAUUGUGGGGGGCGGGCCGGGGGCAGAGGACAGCGGCGACAGCAAGGACGUCAGUGAGGUCAGCGAGGCGACGGAGAGCACGGACGUCAAGGACAGCUCGGAGGCCUCCGACUCCGCCUCCUAGCCGGGGACGCCGGCCGAGGAAUCUGGGUCCCCCUCCCGGGAGGGUGGGUUUUCUGCAGUCGGGUAGCCCGUCAGGCCCGGCCAGGAGGAUUGGAAAUAAAGCUGAUGGAACCGGAA